GAUGGAUGGAUAGACAGUUGGAUGGAAUGUGCCUUUGAGUAUAGACCCUUUCAUGGAAUUUUCAUGCGUCCUAUUGUUGACGUCAGUUGGCCCCAGAAGGUUUCCGGUUUUAAACUUCAAGGCUUCUGAUACAUUGUAGCCUAACGGCAACGCAUGGAUGUGUCUGCUCAACGAAAAUGUCAAUAUCGAAACGAGGAGCGUGUUGUUCUGUGGUUGGGUGUUGCCUUAGACCAGGAACAAAUUUACUGUCACAAAUUAAGGUCUACCGUUUUCCAAAAGAAAACGUUCAGCGUGAUGCUUGGAUAGCUGCUGUCAAGCGAGAUGGGUGGAUACCAACAAGCAACUCAAGAAUUUGCAGCAUCCAUUUCAUAUCAGGGAAGCCAUCCAAUGACCCUUUGAGUCCUGAUUAUGCUCCAACCCUUUUACCCCAUAACCAAAAGCAGCCACAGUCACAUACAAACAGUUGGCGAGAUAACUCAGGAGAUCAUGGAUGUACUGUAUGCCUACAAGAUUAUCAAUCACAAUCUCAUUGUGACAUAUCUGUUGGAACCGAUCUAUGUAUGACAGAAAUAGAUAAUUUGCAGAAGGAAAAUGCUGCAUUAAAAGACAAAGUGGAGACUCUUGAAAAACAAUUGCAGGCGCUCCUCGGUGAGAAAGCAGAAUUAGGCCUAUUGGAUUUAAACAAUGACAAAAUAAUUCAUUUUCACACUGGACUGCCAUCGUCAAAGGUGUUUUUCACUUUGCUCACUUUCCUUACCACUGCCUGGAUCCCAUCUUCAACAUUACUCACACCAGCUUUGCAGUUUUACCUGGUGCUCAUGAAAUUGCGACUUGGGUUAACACACACAGAUCUUUCCUAUAGAUUUCAUUGUAGUGUUGGAACAGUCUCUGCAGUAUUUCAAGAUUGGCUGAAUGUAAUGGCUCACCGUUUGAAAUGUUUAAUUCACUGGCCUACAAAACAGGAAGUACAGAACAACCUGCCAGCCAUGUUCAAAUGCCAUCCAUUCGAUUCUGUGAGGUGUAUCAUAGACUGCAGUGAAGUGUUUGUUGACCGGCCUACAUCACUUGAUGCAAGAGCUUUAACUUACUCCAACUACAAAUCACACAACACCAUCAAAUUUCUCAUUGCUGUCAGUCCAACGGGAGCAGUUACCUUUGUGUCUAAAGCAUGGGGCGGUAGAGCCAGUGACAGAGUCAUAACCCAGUCAUCGAAAUUAGAAGAGGGAGACAUUGUUUUGGCUGACCGAGGGUUCAACUUCCCACAGUAUUUUUCUUCCAAAGGUAUGCAGCUUCUUAUCCCUGCUUCAACACGUGGAAGAACACAGCUGUCAGGGGCGGAAGUUACCAGGUCAAGGCAGAUUUCAAGAGUUAGGAUUCAUGUUGAAAGAGCAAUUGGACGCAUAAAAAAUUACCGCAUAUUGCACAACACUCUCCCAGUCAGCCUUGUGAAAGGAAGAUUGAAUGACUCCAUGUCAACUAUAGACAAAAUAAUACUUGUUUGUUCAGCUUUAUCCAACUUGGAUAAGCCUUUAGUUCGUCAAAUGUCUUUUUUUUGGUCAAAAAAGUGGACUCGUGUGAAUUUUUCCAUUUGUAUCAUUUAAUCACACUAGCAAAAUACAACAAUGCCUCAAUUAUAUGUUAGAUUACUAAAUCAAUGCUAAAUAUUUAUUUUGUAUUAUAUAUUAUUAUUAUUACACUACUUAUAGUAUGACUACAUUUUAACACUGUAUUUAAUAAUUUCUAAUUUAGUAAUAUUAGCAUUCAUUGAGAAUUUGGAAUAUUUUUGUGCAGUCUAGGCAUUUCCACUGCUUAUGCGGAUGCCUUUUUAGGCCUAAACACUGCAGGUGGAAUACUUUUUGACAGACUCUGCAUUGUGUCACGUUUGUUUUAAGGCCUCUUUUACAUGGGCACGUGGUCUGAGCCAUUUCAAAUUGUUUUUUGAGUUUUUGUGUGCAAAUUUCUUUCAGUAUGUGCUGUCUGUAAAACAGGUCAAGAGUUGGUUUGGUAUGAGCCCAGUCUUCUUCAGAAAAGGGUAUUCUCUGAACAUGGCUCUCUUUUGUAGUCCAGACUACAAAGUAUGAUGUUUUAACAUCACAAAUUGCCAUUUGCCCUUGUAUUUGUGUGUAAUAUGCAUGGCUUUUCUUAAGUUGAUAAUUAGCUUGGAGACAAAAAUCUUGCCUACCUACUGCCUGACUUAGAGUCGCAUGUGCAUAUUUUGCUGGGCAUUUUAUUUCAAGUACUACUGGAGUGCAGCACCUGCAAUGCACCAACCCAUCUGAGCUUGCUCCUAAGUGGGGAUAUUUGGGAUUAACCACCAACCCAACUUCAUAAACUUGAAGACCCUCAUGACUGGCCGUCUGACUUGAAAUAAAUGCUGCUCUUGCCUUAUUUUCAUUGUCUCUACCCCAAGAUGUAGCUGCUGUACCUUUAGUGGAUGUGUACCCCAUACUCUUUGAUGUUAGACUAACCUGAGCAGUUUUACAUUUUACCACAUAAUUAAAUUGACUGGCAGUAAUUCUCCCCUCCCUGUGCUGAAACCAUUGUUUGCAAGAGGACUGUCCCUGUGUACUUUCCUGGAGCUUUUUGCAA